AUGCAUGCCCACAAGAGACACGAAUCAGAACGCACAAGCACCCAUGUGCAAGAAGGGAUAGGAGAGAGCGGUAACCGAUACCGUGAGCCGUCGUCGCAAACCCCUGACAGAAUACGACUCAGUGAUGAUCACUUUCUCUGGCAGAACUUUCAAGACUGGGCUGCUGACGGGAAAGCGAAUCACCCGGUGUCCCCAAGCCCAGCCGCACAGACGAGCAGCCCAUACACGUUGGCGGGGUGUUGGUGUUCAGUCCUCUUUCUGCCAACUGGCUAUGCAGCCAACUGCAUGUUUUUCUGCAAAUAA